GGAGGCGUUGCUAUGGGCGGUACCGCCCGCCGCUCGGUGCUCUGCUGCUCAGGCCUGCGGGGCCGUCCGCCGAGCUCCGGCGGCGGGGCGAUGCUGCUCGGAGCCGCCGCUUGAGCCUCGCUGCCAGGCAUGGGGCUGGGCUCGAGCUCCGAGCUCCCGGACGGCGGCGCCGAGGGCUUCCACGUCCACGGGGUUCAGGAGAACUCCCCAGCUCAGCAAGGAGGGCUGGAGCCUUUCUUUGACUUCAUCGUUGCGAUAGGACACACCAGGCUUAAUAAAGAAAACAAUAUGUUGAAAGAUCUACUGAAGGCAAAUGCUGAAAAAGCAGUGAAACUGGAGGUGUAUAACAUCAAAACAAUGAAGAUAAGAGAGGUGGAGGUGAUCCCCAGUAACAUGUGGGGAGGACAAGGUCUUCUCGGAGCCAGCGUGAGGUUCUGCAGUUUCCAGGGGGCCAAUGAACACGUGUGGCAUGUUUUGGAUGUUGAACCUGCGUCUCCUGCAGCUGUAGGUGGACUGCAGCCAUACACUGACUACAUUGUUGGAUCUGAUCAGAUUCUACAGGAGUCAGAAGAUUUCUUCUCGCUGAUUGAGUCCCAUGAGGGAAAGCCGCUGAAGCUGAUGGUUUAUAACACUGAAGCAGACUCCAUUCGAGAGGUAGUUGUGACUCCCAAUGGAGCUUGGGGUGGAGAAGGAAGUUUGGGAUGUGGUAUUGGAUAUGGCUAUUUGCACAGGAUUCCAACGCAGUCAAUAGUAUCAAAGAAAAAGCCAGAAAGCAAACCACCUUCACCCUUACCAGAAGCUGGAACUCCUCUACCAUCUACUAAUGGCUACACAGAGGCUCCAUUAUUGGCACCUACUUCUCAAAGUGACAACUCUGAAGUAGUUAUGAACCUGGAUCGUUCCACAGGCCAAGAAAUGAGUGGGUAUUCACCAGAAAGCUCACUUUCUCCUCCUCCCCCUCUCCAGAGAGUUAUGGAUCCAGGGUUUCUCGACAUGUCUGGUAUUUCACUUCCUGAGCUCACUGACUUGACAAACGUGUCCAGCGUUUCUUCCUCUGCCUCCUUCAGCAUGCCAGCAGCAGGCUCUUUCGUAGGCACGGAAAAGCUCAUGUCGAACAGCGAACCUCCUGCUUAUUUUGAGAACACCACAGCUUUGGGCCAUGAAGACAUAAUGAAGAAUCCUGAAGGCUCUGCCACGCAGCCAGAGUUGGACCAUCUUCUGCCUCCAGCGUCGUCUUUACCUUCUUUCACUCUUCCUAAUGAAAUAUCUUCAAAAACAGCACUAGAAACUGAUCCCAAUAACCAAGAAACAAUACUCGCAAACAGUUCUGAGAGCUCGUUACCCACCACUCAGGUGAAACCUAGUGAUGAAGCAGCACGUGAAGGGCAAGGGGAAGAAGCUGCACAAGGUCACGAGUGAAAUGGAUGCUACUUUUGUUUAAAAAUUAGUUUGGAAUAUUUUUCUGCUCUUGAAAGAAUUACAGCUCUUCUAUUUUGUUAGUGUAGACAACACUAUAUUAAAAAAAAAACACAUAUCCAGGUGAAAUACAUAUUUUUGUCUUUCCCAAUCACUGUUCAACAGAUUGGUUUGCGUUCAAACUUGGAACGCUGUCCAAAGUCACCAAAGGGAAAGCAAAAUUAAUGCAGAAACCAGGUAGAGACUGGAGUCUUGAAUGGAAUCGAAUGUCUGAGCUUCUGUAGUGACGAAGGAAGAGCUUUUCUUCUGCUUUUCUAUUUGCUAUUUUCAUACAAAUCAUUAAGGCACUGGGGUGCAACCCGGUGCAGCAGCGCACAUUGCUUUCCGUAGCUUUACUUUGUUUGCACUUGUUUUCAAAUAGCUUCUGAAUGUGUGGUACGUGGUGAAUAGUAAAUCUGAAAUGAACAAUGAAAAACACGAGGGUGUUUUUAUACCUCUGGGGGCAGUGAUUUAUCACAGAAUUCUGCAUCUUCUCAUUGGGAAUAUCUUCCCUGUAGUUGGUACAGUUCACCUGGUGAAAAUCCUCUACAAACGAAGGGCACUGGGUACCCACUGGUAAAAUUUGUUCUUUAUGUUCCAAGUUUCAAGUACAGUUUCAAUGUUAAAUAAGGCAGAGGGGUCAGAAUACUUUCUUCCUGCUUAAAAGACAAAGGGAUUACGCCUUAAGUACAGGUAGUAGAAUUAAAAGAUUUGAAAGGCAUUCUGCUGGAUGGUCUGCUAAAUACUGACCUUCUUUCUACUGCUGCUAAAAUCAGUUCCUUCUUUUAUUCCCUUAAUUGACCGCUGGAAGAGUAAACAUCCAAACACUAAAGAUUUAAACUAAUAAUACUGAAGUAAUUUAAGCGAGGGGUAACUUUUUCAGCCUGAUAACUGAAGCCACACAGGUGAUCUGUUGGUAUCUUUUGUUUGUCUAGGACUGCUUCCAGCAUUGCACCUUUAUCAACAUAGUUUUUAAGCUUUAUAGCAAUCCGUUUAAGUUAAGCUGUACCGUAAGCACCUUUGGACACUUCCUGUGCUGAAGUGUCACAGGAAUAAAGAGCUUAGUGCUUACAGCAGUCUGGGUGCAGCCUGCUUCAUCCUAAGUGGAUCUUGGGAAUGGGAGGAGUUGGCCUGAAGACUUGAUCCAAAGGAACAAUUGUCUGAUAGAGCAGAUCAGAGAACAGUUAUAUUCUUCUAACAGAUAGCACUAAAUUAAGUUUAACCUUCCAGUUCUCAGUUGCUGAUCUCUUGCCAAGUUGGAGGUGAAGUCUCAGGAUGCUUGAAGCUAUGGUACUUUGUUGCCUCCCUGUUGUAACUAAGAGAACCAAAGGAUUUUUUGCACUUGCAGGAAUGAAAAAAAGCUCACUAGAAUUUCCUGAGUUUCAGAAUAGAACCUUGAAAGCCGCCCUGCUGCUGUACCAGGCCGGGUAGGGAUGGAAGCUGCUCGUCCAGGCUGCCUUGUCUGUGAGUUGUAACUGGGAAGGGCUGCAGGUGUUGUAGAGAUCAUAACAUUCACACAGGCAUGGAUGGGUUGGAUUUCAUCUCAGCUCCUACUGGGGAUUACAGCAGGAACUUUCCCCUCUGCUGCCUUUUACUGUUUUUAAGUGAGAGCCGCUGCAAGUUGCUAAUUGCAUUUAAUUGAUGGUUCAAUCUAAUCUGUUAUUUCCUGGGCGUUGCCACUACCAUUCAAACAUCAUUUUGCUUUAGCACUAACUUGCCUUGGCUCAAGGUCAGGGCAAUCAGCCUGGUCACUCCUCUCCCACAGAAUAUAAACAAUUGAACUAAUAAAUCCCCAAUCACAUUUUCCCCCCCCCCACCUCUUCUGCCCAUGAGUUAGAACUUAUGGCUAUGACUUAAUUUUUGACUUUUUAAUAUAUGAUUUUUAGUGUUUCUGAAGUUCACACUAAAUCCUUCAAGUAGUUCUCCUACAAAGAUACGCUUCAGCUAUAACCAGUACCUAUGGCUGCUGGUUUCAGCACUACCCUAACUGAAGAGAAACAUCACUUGCCAUAGUAAAUCUUGUAACAGGUUCUGCUUCUAGAUACUUGAUUUACAAAGCCUUUCCAAUCUGAGCAUAGGAAUUAAAGCAAGUCCUACAACUCAA